CAGCUCCGGCUUCCAAACUCCAGCAGUUUACGGGGUGGAGGGGCAGGGGUGGGGUGCACCACUGCGCGUGAUGCUGAAUGCCCGGCCCCCUCCCCUCCUCCGGGAGGAGCUUCCUCCUCACCGCCAGUCUCAAACUAGAUCCCUACCUCCACCGUCAGGCUAACCAACUUCCUUUGCAGCCCACCGGUUCCGGAAGCUGAGGCUUACUGGAUCGUUGGCAGGGUGCAGAACCGAACGGAGAUCACACGGUCUUGUUCACGCUCUGUGACUGAGCCGAGGGGGGCAAUGGCGGCUUCCUACAUCCUUCUGCACACUGGGCAGAAGAUGCCUCUGAUUGGACUGGGCACCUGGAAGAGCGAUCCUGGCCAGGUAAAGGCUGCUGUUAAGUACGCCCUGAGUGUAGGCUACCGCCACAUUGACUGUGCUGCUAUCUAUGGCAAUGAGACAGAGAUCGGGGAGGCCUUGAAGGAGAAUGUGGGACCUGGCAAGGUGGUGUCUCGAGAGGAGGUGUUUGUGACUUCUAAGCUGUGGAACACUAAACACCACCCUGAGGAUGUGGAGCCUGCCCUCCGGAAGACACUGGCUGACCUCCAGCUGGAGUAUUUGGACCUGUACCUAAUGCACUGGCCUUACGCCUUUGAGCGAGGAGACAACCCUUUUCCUAAGAAUGUUGAUGGGACUAUCCGCUAUGAUUCUACUCACUACAAGGAGACCUGGAAGGCUCUGGAGGCACUGGUGGAUAAGGGGCUGGUACGGGCACUGGGCCUGUCGAACUUCAGCAGUCGGCAGAUUGACGAUGUGCUCAGCGUGGCCUCGGUGCGCCCAGCUGUCCUGCAGGUGGAAUGCCACCCAUACCUGGCUCAGAAGGAGCUGAUUGCCCACUGCCAAGCACGUGGCCUGGAGGUGACUGCUUAUAGUCCUUUGGGCUCCUCUGAUCGUGCGUGGCGUGAUCCUAAUGAGCCUGUCCUACUGGAGGAACCAGUGGUCCUGGCACUGGCUGAAAAGUAUGGCCGGUCUCCAGCUCAGAUCCUGCUCAGGUGGCAGGUCCAGCGGAAAGUGAUCUCCAUCCCCAAGAGUAUCACACCUUCACGUAUCCUUCAGAACAUCCAGGUGUUUGACUUCACCUUUAGCCCGGAAGAGAUGAAGCAGUUAGACACCCUGAAUAAGAACUGGCGCUACAUUGUGCCCAUGAUCACUGUGGAUGGGAAGAGGGUCCCUAGAGAUGCAGGGCACCGUCUGUAUCCCUUUAAUGACCCAUACUGAGACCACCACUCCAUGGUUUCCUUUCCAGCUCUCCAGCUACAAGGUCCUGCUACCCGCAAGAAGGAGAUAAUAAAACCAUUGGAGCAUCCAUA